AUGCAACAAAUAGGCAAUGUUGUUCAGCAAGAAAUCGAGCCAAAUGACUGCAAAAAUGAAUCUUCAGUUGAUUCUAAAGAGUCUGCAAAUUUGUCGUCUGGAAAAUCUGAUUCAAGUAUCUCUUCAGCCAAUAUUGAGCUAGUGUCAACGGCUGUAGAUUCAGAAGUAAAUGAGAUUAGCUCACAAGAAAGUUCUGUUGAUCAAGGAAAGAAAAUAACUGAGCAAGGAAGCGUGAAAAAUAGUUUUGUGUUGGCAAAUGUUAGUGACGGUGCAAGCAAUCUAGUAAAAACAAGUGGAAGUGCCAAAAUUGGCGAUCAUGCCAAUGUUGUUGAGAGCGGAAAAUACAGUACAUAUCGAGAAAGCACGGGCAGUGAUGUGAGUGACGAGAGCACAUGUAGCAGUUUUAACAGCAGUGUCAGCAAACCCCACAAAGCAAAUGAUUCAAGAUGGGAAGCCAUUCAAGCAGUCCGAUCCAGAGAUGGUGUCUUAGGUUUGAGCCAUUUCAGACUGCUGAAGAGGUUAGGUUGUGGAGAUAUUGGGAGUGUUUAUUUGGCCGAGUUGAGUGGAACGAAAUGCUACUUCGCAAUGAAAGUCAUGGACAAAGCAUCCCUAGCAGGUCGUAAGAAGCUUCUUCGUGCUCAGACGGAAAGGGAGAUCUUACAGUCCCUGGACCAUCCCUUCCUUCCGAGUCUCUACUCCCACUUCGAAACCGACAAGUUUUCGUGUUUGGUAAUGGAAUUCUGCCCUGGAGGAGACCUACACAGUCUUAGACAGAGGCAGCCAGGAAAGUAUUUUUCCGAACAAGCAGUAAAAUUUUAUGUGGCAGAAGUCCUGCUUGCUUUAGAAUAUUUACACAUGCUUGGGAUAGUAUAUCGUGACCUGAAGCCAGAAAACGUUCUUGUGAGGGACGAUGGACAUAUAAUGCUCUCGGAUUUUGACCUUUCACUUCGUUGUGUUGUCAGCCCAACAUUGGUCAAGACCUCAUCAUUGGAAUCUGAGCCCCUGCGGAAAAAUUCUGCGUAUUGUGUCCAGCCAGCUUGCAUUGAACCUGCCUGCAUUCAGCCAUCGUGUGUGGUUCCAACAUCAUGCUUCUCUCCUCGUCUCUUUUCAAGGAAAUCCAAAAAGGAUGGGAAGCCCAAAAAUGAAAUUGGUAACCAAGUUAGCCCGUUACCUGAGCUGAUGGCUGAACCAACCAAUGCUCGGUCAAUGUCGUUCGUGGGAACCCAUGAAUACCUGGCACCUGAAAUCAUCAAAGGUGAAGGUCAUGGAAGUGCAGUGGAUUGGUGGACUUUUGGGAUUUUCCUAUACGAACUUUUGUCUGGCAAAACUCCAUUUAAAGGAUCUGGCAAUCGAGCCACAUUGUUUAAUGUUGUCGGACAACCUCUCAGAUUUCCAGAAUCACCGGUUGUUAGUUUUGCUGCAAGGGAUUUGAUCAGGGGUUUGCUCGUGAAAGAACCACAACACAGAUUAGCUUAUAAACGAGGUGCAACUGAGAUUAAGCAGCACCCAUUCUUUGAAGGAGUUAAUUGGGCUUUGAUACGUUGUGCCACCCCUCCCGAUAUCCCAAAGCCUGUCGAGUUUGAAAGGUUACCCGUUCCAGCAGCAACAAAGGACGAGAAGACUGCUCUUCCCGCAGCUAUUCCAGAUCAGAAAAGUGACAAAUAUCUAGAGUUCGAUUUCUUCUAG